CAGAGGGAGGACAGGGAGGACAGGGAGCACAAGGAGGACAGGGAGCACAGGGAGGACAGGGAGCAGAGGGAGCCCGCCUCCUCCUGUUGUCCACGGAGCGACCUGAAGACGCUUUCCCGCUGCGGCAUCAGGCUGAAGGAGCUGAACUUCAGCAGGAUGCACGCCGUCCUCAUCGACGUGAGUGCUUUCAACCAUGGAGCACUGCUCGUGCCCCAGGCCGGGAGAGACAUGUGGCACAGGGACUUUGUGAAGAUGCCGUGUUCACAAGGAAGUUUCAUGGCCUUCAAGCCCGGAUUACUGAGGCCGACUGCCCAGGUGUGCAGGUGGGACAUGAUCUCCAAGCAGCUGAAGGGUCUGGCCAGUAAGAAAGAAGUGAGCGCUGACGAUGUGGCGGAGGCAAUCAUGAAGUAUAACCCGAAGUACAAAGGUCAUUGGACGUUUGACGCCCUCUCCUCCUUCGUCAAGUGUAUCCCCAAAGAAGAGAACUACUUCUGCACACUGUUUCCAAAGAUCGCUGCGCUGGCGUUGAAGCUUCCCGAGCAAGUGAAGAAGGCCAUCCCGCUGCUCAAGAGAGGACACACAGCAGCCAUCACUCUGUCGCAGGUUCAGAUAUCCUGUCUGCUCGCCAACGCGUUCUUCUCCACCUUCCCCCAUCGCAACACGUCGGGACCCAACACAGAGUAUCACGGCUACCCCACCAUCAACUUCACCAGUCUGUUUGGGAAGUGGUCAGAGCGGAAGAAAGAAAAGCUGAGGGCCAUCAUGCAUUAUUUUAAUGUGGUUACAGAUGAGAACACUAAACCGAUUGGACUGGUGACGUUUGAGAGGCGCUGCCUGAAGGACACGGACCUGCCCAAAUGGAAAAGCUGUAAGGAGAAGCUGACUAAACUGCACGUGACGUCGCACGGCAGCAUCGAGACUGAAGGUACUGGGAUGUUACAGGUGGACUUCGCCUCCAGUCGGAUCGGUGGAGGCGUGCUGGGCUCCGGUCUGGUGCAGGAGGAGAUCCUGUUCCUCAUAAAUCCAGAGCUGAUUGUUUCCCGCCUCUUCACUGAGAAACUGGAGAACACCGAGUGUCUGAUCAUCACAGGCUCGCAGCAGUUCAGCGUUUACUCUGGUUUUGGUGACAGCUUCGAGUGGGCGGGGCCUCAUCAGGAUCGCCUGGACAGGGACGAGUGGGGUCGGCUGAAGAGGCAGAUCUUAGCCAUCGACGCUAUAAACUUCAAACACGUACAAGAGCAGUACAAUAUGAGCAGCGUCACGCGGGAACUGAACAAGGCGUACUGUGGAUUCAUGGGACAAGAAGGCAAGGACCCGGACAUCGCCACGGGCAAGUGGGGCUGUGGAGUCUUCAACGGAGACCCACAACUCAAAGCUUUGAUCCAGCUGAUGGCAGCAGCGAGGGCCAGGAGAGGCCUGGCCUUCUUCACCUUCGGCGAUGAGAAGCUGAAGCACGGUCUGGAGCAGAUCUACCACCUGCUGGUCACAGAGGGGAUUACAGUCGAGAAACUGUACCGGCUCCUGGAGGACUUCUGUGCUGCUCAGCACGCUCACGCUGUUUCACGCGUGGAUCUGUUCGAGUUCAUCAGAAACGACGUCAGGCGGUCCAGGAGUCAGCUGUGAGGACAGAUUCACGUCCGUGUCUGCAUCUGAAUUUGCACUAAAAUAUAAACUUUAAUAUAAACUGAAAGAUUAUUAGUAUUAUUUUGCAUUUUGUUUUCCAUAAUUUGAUUGCUGACAGUGUAGGAAUGUGGGGAGAGGAUGUAGAAGUUCAGUUUUAGGAGUUGAGGAACAAAACAUCUGAGGGAAUCUUUAAAAUGUUGGUUUGUGUUUUGAGAAUUUAAGAAAAUUAGCAUAGGUGUAUUAACGGUUGUAUUAUUAAAGCUAGACUAAAAAAAAUUCUGGAGACAUUUCUGAGUGAACGGUGAUAACUGAAGUCAAUCAACAUGAAUGUUUUUUGGACAGUGAAAUUUGUAGAAAAUGAAACCGAAAUUAAAACAGGAUUAAA